CUCACCCCGUCGGUCUUUUUCGCUACGGGUUUGCCGCUGCUUCGGAGGACCUUUAUUGGAGCCGACGGAAAAGCCUUAUCUAACCACCCAACAUGGGAAAGGAAAAGACCCACAUCAACAUUGUUGUCAUCGGACACGUCGAUUCUGGCAAGUCCACCACCACUGGUCAUCUGAUUUACAAAUGUGGUGGAAUUGACAAGAGGACCAUUGAGAAGUUUGAGAAGGAAGCUGCUGAGAUGGGUAAAGGCUCCUUCAAGUAUGCAUGGGUAUUGGAUAAGCUGAAGGCAGAACGUGAACGUGGUAUCACUAUUGAUAUUUCACUCUGGAAAUUUGAAACCAGCAAGUAUUAUGUCACUAUCAUAGAUGCUCCUGGACACAGAGAUUUCAUCAAAAACAUGAUUACUGGUACAUCUCAGGCUGACUGUGCUGUCCUAAUUGUUGCUGCUGGUGUUGGUGAAUUUGAAGCAGGUAUUUCCAAGAAUGGACAAACCCGUGAGCAUGCCCUUCUGGCCUAUACUCUGGGUGUAAAACAGCUCAUUGUUGGAGUCAACAAGAUGGAUUCCACUGAGCCACCUUACAGCCAGAAGAGAUAUGAGGAAAUUGUCAAAGAAGUCAGCACUUACAUAAAGAAAAUCGGCUACAAUCCAGAUACAGUGGCUUUUGUGCCAAUUUCAGGCUGGAAUGGAGAUAACAUGUUGGAACCUAGCUCUAAUAUGCCCUGGUUCAAAGGGUGGAAGGUGACUCGUAAAGAUGGUAGUGCUAGUGGAACUACACUGCUGGAAGCUCUGGACUCUAUCUUGCCACCAACUCGUCCAACUGACAAACCUCUACGCCUGCCACUUCAGGAUGUCUACAAAAUUGGUGGGAUUGGUACCGUUCCAGUCGGUCGUGUGGAAACUGGCAUUCUAAAACCAGGCAUGGUGGUAACAUUUGCUCCAGUUAAUGUUACAACUGAAGUAAAAUCUGUUGAGAUGCAUCAUGAGGCCCUAAGUGAAGCUCUGCCUGGUGACAAUGUUGGCUUCAAUGUAAAGAAUGUAUCUGUAAAAGAUGUCCGUCGUGGUAAUGUUGCUGGAGAUAGCAAAAAUGAUCCACCAAUGGAAGCUGCUGGAUUCACAGCACAGGUUAUCAUCCUGAACCACCCAGGCCAAAUCAAUGCUGGCUAUGCCCCUGUUCUGGAUUGUCAUACUGCUCAUAUUGCUUGCAAGUUUGCCGAGCUGAAGGAAAAAAUUGAUCGUCGUUCUGGUAAGAAGUUGGAAGAUGGUCCAAAGUUCCUCAAAUCUGGAGAUGCUGCCAUAGUUGACAUGAUUCCAGGCAAGCCUAUGUGUGUUGAGAGCUUUUCUGACUAUCCUCCUCUGGGUCGUUUUGCUGUGCGUGACAUGAGACAGACCGUUGCUGUUGGUGUCAUCAAGGCUGUUGAUAAAAAAGCAGGUGGUGCUGGCAAGGUCACAAAGUCUGCCCAGAAGGCUCAGAAGGCUAAAUGAAAAUUCUGUACAACUGCCACCUCAGUCUUAAUCGGUGGUGGAAGCAUGGUCUCAGAACUGUUUGUCUCAAUUGGCCAUUUAAGUUUAAUAGUAAAAGACUGGUUAAUAAUUACAAUGCAUCGUAAAAGCUUCAGAAGGAAAGGAAUGUUUGUGGACCAUUUUGUUUCGUGGCAGUUUCUAAGUUAUUAGUUUUUAAAAUCAGUAAUCUUUUUUAAAUGGAAACAACUUGACCAAAAUCUGUCACACAUUUUGAGACCAUUAAAAUCAAAAGUUUAAUGCAAAGUCUCUGUGUUCUUUGGGGCUAUUAGAUACACUUUGAUAUUUAAAAACAUUGUGCUUUGCAGAGUUGUAAGUUACUGAAAAUAAAAUAUACUUUAUUGGUUUUGGGGAACAUAGGAUUGUUUGCAAGCAAAGUCUUAAGUGUGAUCUUAAUUUUGUGCCAACAUCUAAGAAUUAUAUAUAGUCGAGUUACAUCACAAGUAUAUUGAAGCUACAAAAUAAGUUUGUAGAUUCAGUUUUCUAUGUUUAAUAUUCAAAAGUACAUGUAGGCAGUAACUUCUGUGUUUCCAUGCUAUUAGUAUAGGUUAAUAUUUGAUCAUUUUAAAUGGAAUUUUAAUUAGAGCAUUGUGUUAUCAUGUUGAAGGUUAUACAGAAAUUCACCUGAUAGAAUAUUUCUCAAGCUAACUGUUGCAAGUUAACGAGUGUUAAAUCAACUAAAAGAUCAAAUGCUUUUUUCCUGCUUUAUAUAAAAGUUUUGAGAGACUCAAAUAUUUUCCAAGUUAAUUAUAUUUCAUCUUCAGUACAGUAAUUCUAAAAUGGAACUACAUCUUUGAAAAAAAAUCAUGACCAGUUAAACAUUUAAAGUUUUGUUUAAAAGCAAUAUUGUGCUGAGAAUGUAUAUUCAGGUUCUAGAUGUUAUGCCAAAGUUGGUGGCUUAAAUCCUAUAGUGAAUGGGAGUCCAUUGGUACCAUUUCCUUAGAAUGGAUUUGGUAUUUUAAUAGUGCCAUUAGCAGAAGACAUUGUUAUGCACCAUUUCAGCUUCAAAAUUUUAAUUUGCAUUUGUGGUAUCCUGCGGGGAUGUGAUCAAUAAAAUCCGGUAGCUUUUCUGGGGCUUCAUAAGGGACAAUAGAAUUUUAUAUUAAAACAUUAGUUAACAAACUGAUGGCUAUUUUUACCCAUACAGCCUUUUAAAUACAAGUCGUGUACAAUGCAGCAAGCUUGUUUUUCUAUCCUUAAAAUAACUUGGUUUCUUUUGAAUUGUUUUGAUGCUCUUGUUACAGCUGAGUAUUUUUAAAAAGAAUGAAGCAUUGCCCUUUGUUAAAUGAGAACUAAACUUGAAUUUUAAAUUCUGGGUUGUACCUUCAGUUUCUCUCAGUAUACUGUAAGUGCUAGAUGAAUGUAACAGCGAAAAGAGGGUAAUGACAGCAGUAUUACAUUCAAGAAAUAAUUUUUCAAACCAUGAAAGCCUUAGAUUGAAAUAAAGAUUGGAGAAAAUAGUAAUUUCAGAAAGUUGUUUUAACUGUUGCUAUCAUAGUCUCAAACAAACAGAUGAGGUUAUUGCUGCUUUGUUCAGUGAUUUUCUCCAUUUUUUUAAUCUAAAAAGACUGACCAAAAAAGUUCCCUUACUGAGAAACAUUGAAGGUAAAGAAGCUGCUACAAUGUUGAUGAAAAUAUUACCAACAAGUCACGAUUAACUCCUAUGAGCUGCACCCAAAAAUAUUUUAGGACAGAAGUCUGCCAGGACUUUGAUCUUAUACCAAACUAAGACAGCUUUGCACAGACUGAAGGUAAUUUAUGCUGUCAUUGGAGCUGAUAAUUAGCAAUUACUUGCCUAUAUCAAUUAGCUGCCUUUGGUUAUUACUAAUCUGGUCAACACUUUCUGGCUAUUCACAUACAUUGAUAGUUUUGCUUUCCAUUGCAUAUGUGAUCGUAUACUUCUGUUGGGUUAAUGAAAAAACUUAAAAUUUUGUAAGCCAACACUUGGUCUUCUAGUUUAUCUUCAAUAAAUUUUAAGUCUAGAAC